UGGCGAACGCGCUUGGGUAGCACGGGGACGCGCCCAACAGUGCAGAUGUGUCGCAGAUUUGAAAAGUCAUUCCAUACACAGAUAGAUAUAGUAAAAGCUGAUGGAACAGGCAGCAGAGCAUCGAAACUGAACCGAAAAAAGAUCAGGAAUUAGAAGGGGAAAUCUUUAGUGAAUGCUUGUAUUGCUCUGAUUGUUACUGUUAUUUUGUGGAGGAGAGGAACGCAUUUAGCGAGAAAACAGCAGCAACUAUUUUCUGGGAACAUACGAAGAAUGAACUUGACAGGAAUGGAGCUGUCAGCUAUUGGGGAACAAGUGUUUGCUGUGGAGUCCAUCAUCAAAAAAAGAAUAAGAAAGGGGCAUGUGGAGUAUUUGCUGAAGUGGAAGGGAUGGCCCCCUAAGUACAGUACAUGGGAACCUUCUGAACACAUUCUGGACCCACGUCUGGUUCUUGUCUAUGAGGAGAAGGAGCAGAGAGACAGGGCACUGGGUUACCGGAAAAGAGGACCGAAGCCCAAAAAGCUGCUUCUGCAGAAUGUCUACGCCAUGGAUCUGCGAAGUGCACACAAGCCUCUGACACAGCCCCCAGCCCGCUUGCGGCUCUCCCUCACACGAACGCUGGACCCAGAGUCACCCACCUCCACAGACCAGCACUACCAGUUGGCUGGAGGGGGUCUCUAUGACGGGCUAGCCCAGCACAAGAACAAACAGAGGCUGGCACAGUACGUGUGCGUUCCCAGUCACCCACAGACACCCACACCUUCCCAGGGACUGUCAGAAGAGGACUGGGAAGAGGAGGAGGAGGAGGAGGAGGAUGAGGAUGAGGAGGAUGGUGACAAUGAAGAUGAUGAUGAGAAUGGGCCGGAGGAGGCCGAAGGGGAAAUGGCGAUGCAGGGAGAUGCUCUUAGCAGACCUGGAUCAAAGUGCUGGUCACCCAUCGCUCAGCCAGAGGAAGUGACUGCAUCCCAGAUAUCAGAGGGCUGGAGCCCAUUCACGAGCGCAAAGGACAUCACUGUGACGGACGUCACCAUCAACUCUCUAACUGUGACUUUCAAAGAGGCCCUGACCGCCAAGGGCUUCUUCAGGAGCUGGGGGUUGGAAUUCUAAGGAGCUCUGGCGAAUGAUGAAAGGACAAAGGAGAGAAAUGGAGAGGAGGGUGUGGGUGUGCGUAAGGAAGAAAAGCCUAGGCCUUUUAAGCCACACACAUUUUUAAAAAGGGUCCUUUUGUAUGACACACCCUCCCUCAAACCUUCACGAAGGUAUUUUUGCAGUUGAGACACAGUACACACUUACGUAGGUGCGCAUAGCAAACACAGUUAGAACCGAGUUAGUCAGCAGAUUAAUAUCCUCAUUCCGCCCACUCUUUGUUGUGCCCGCGUGCAUGAUGGCCCCAGCGAACAUAACAAAUGGAGUUAGAAACUUUUUCAGUUCCGGAGGCUUGUUUGUAGAAUCUCUCAAUCUAGUUUGGGUAGUACCCUGCCCUGUUUUCAGUGAUGUUUACAACAUACAAGACAGACGAGGGACCCAGUUAUUUUUAGAAGUGCUGGGCUGUGCUUGUAUUACCCGUCAGUAGUUUCUCAUAAACAGAAUUCUUUCACAAAUCUAUCUAUGGUCAAAUAGUGUCAAUUCUGCUUCAGUGCCAGGUGCAAUGCUGACAUGCAACUUCCUGCAUCAGUAUCACAGAACUGAUAGAAAGAGGGGCAGUUGUCAUUUUUAUAUCAGAAGUUUGGAUGAGAAAUUGUUCGUUUACACGGUGUUGACUGUGUUCAAGUCUAAAACACUGGCAGUGACUGUUGCACUGAAAAAAAAACAUUAUCAACAAUUAUCCACAGCAUGUGUCAUUUGCAACUUCAUUAACAACUUCACAUUAUGGCUAUGUAGGCCAAAGGUAUCCAUCCGGGUAAUAGAAUGUUAAAGAACGUUUAUUAAAAUCACUAUUAAAAGAAAAUGAACAAGACAUUUCUGGGGACACCACCCGACACCAACCUACAGUGCUGUGUUAAACUGUUCCUUGGCACUUUAUGGAUGAACCAGCCUGCUGCACCCCAGAAUUGGGAGUAGGGGCAUAUCUAUUAGGCGUAGGGGCAUAUCUAUUGGGCGUAGGGGCAUAUCUAUUGGGAGUAGGGGUACACCUCUAUUGGGAGUAGGGGCACACCUCUAUUGGGAGUAGGGGCACACCUCUAUUGGGCGUAGGGGCAUAUCUAUUGGGCGUAGGGGCACCUCUGUAUGCUGUUGAGAACACCAUCUUCUCUGGCAAGCAUUUUUCAGUGACAUCUCAAGUAGUCAUGUGACUAACAUCUCAUGUCAUGUGAUGAUCAUGCAACGACUUUGUGUGUAUUUUUGCCAGUUGGUUCGUGUCACACCUUUACAACUGGUGGUGGUGUUUGGUUGAACGCUGAAUUGUCUUGUUCAUUUCUCUUUUUAAUAGUCCAGUGAUUUUAAUGUUUUUAAACAACUUCCCAUUAUGUUCUUUGGACGUGUUGCUGUCACAUUUGAGUAUUUGUUGUUAAUAUUGUUACUUUGAAGCUUUCUCUUUCAGACAUGCAGCUUUAGCAAAUCCACAGGAGUUGAGCACACAACCAUCCUUGUGGCAUCACUGUUCGCGUAGUUCCAUUCAGAAAAGGGCAUGAACAUCCAGUCAAACCCACAGUAAAAUCUGUUAUCAUCUAUAGGAGGGGUCUGUUUGUAGAGAUUAGGAGUUCAGAACGGCCUUAGCUCAAGGGCACUUUAAUCCUGAGGGUCCUGUGAAUUUUGAAUGUAUUUUAUUAUUCAAUAAGGGAGAGUUAUUGUUGCUGAGACGGGUGGACUGACAAAGUGGUCUUUCAACGGAGGUGAUUGUGUGUGCUGAGGCCUGUAAUGUAAGGUUUGCUCAAAUAUGACGUUUGAAGCAAGCCUACUGGGUUUUCAAAGAGCACCCAUGGAAAGUCUUGAUAUUGUGCAGUAUAAACAUUUUAGUCUUUGUAUGUGGAUCUUGUUACAAUUGUUGCCUUUUAUAGUGAAAUAAACUUGUGUCCACUCUUU